AUGCACAAGAAGAAGAAAGACGACUACAGAAUCUCGAUCCAUGUGGAUCUCGUGAUAGAGAUGCUCUCAAGGUUGCCCGUGAAGACCCUCUUGAGGUUAAAGUGCUUAUCGAAAGAGUUUUCAAGGAUCAUCCAAAGUCAAAACUUUGUGGACUCGUGCUUGUCUUGUUCCUCUUCCUCGGACCGGUCUCGUCUCUUGUUUUACUUCAAUUGUCAUGACCUUAAAAAGCUUGUUUUCUUCUCAACCCCACAUCGAUCAUCGACUUGUUCUAUAUCCCCGACCCGAUACGAGAUGACAGUUCAUGCAAGAGUUGAUCUCUCUCUAAGAUCUCCUCCAAUUCGUGGUUUGAUCUUCUACACAAUCGGACCUAAUGAACAUGUUAUAUGUAACCCUGCCACGAGACAACACCUAAACUUACCCGAAAACAAAAUCUUGUGGAAAUAUGAUGAUUCGAUAGAGUUUCUUAUCUUUGGAUACGACCCAAUUUUUUAUCAGUACAAAGUAUUGUGCAUGUUAGGAUUACACGACCCAAUCCAGUAUCAGACUUGGUGGGUUUUCACAGUGGGACAAGAUGGUAACUUGUGGAGAAAGAUACAAGGCAUGCCUAGUCAUCUUCGUCCCGUCACGUGUCAUCACGUGUGUGGGCAAAGUGGUAUAUGCAUCAAUGGAUUUUUAUACUUUAGAGCUUACUCUAGGACACCAGGUAUUGGUCCUUAUAAUAUGACUGUACAUGUGGUAAGCUUUGACCUAAACUCUGAAAAAUUCAGUCUUGUUGAAGACAAUUCUCAUCUUUCGUGGUUUACAAAGCUCAUAGACUUUCAAGGGAAGUUAGGUUUUGUUUCUCGUGUCAAAGACUGCGAAAUCGAGUUUUCUUGUCUUAUGGAAAACAAGGAAUGGGCAUCAAUGGUUUUUCAUUUACCUUGGGCUCCAGUAUACAAAAGCCAUUGCCACAAAAUCUCUAACUCUGUGGUGGGCAUUUGUGAAGUCUCAUCUCUCUAUGUUGCUCCUAGGCACGCUUCGGACAGAAUCAGGAUUACACUUUGGGAAGAUAAGAGAUGGGCUCACCAAAACCAAUCUUGGAUCUUUAGUAUCAGAUUCGGUUGUUUGGCAAUGGAGGUUCUUGCAUUUUCAGAUCUCCUCGUGGCUGUGGACUUCCUCACAGUUCCCAAGCUCAUCAAGAUGGGAGCAUUGUGUCGAAGGCGAAUCUGCUUAGAGCAGAAUCGAAGACCCUAA